CACGUGUACGUAACGACCGGCCGGAAGUACCCGGAUAGAGGCGACGCGGCAGGGCUGUGCAGCGGUGGUGGCGGCGAUGGAGCGGGAAGGGGAACAGCUGUCCGCGCGGCCGGCCCUGGAGACUGAGGGGCUGCGCUUCUUGCACGUCACAGUGGGCUCCCUGCUGGCCACCUAUGGCUGGUACAUCCUAUUCAGCUGCAUCCUUCUCUACGUGGUCUUUCAGAAGCUCUCCGCCAGACUAAGGGCCUUGAGGCAGAGACAGCUGGACCAAGCUGAGGCUGCUGUGGAACCUGAUGUUGUUGUUAAACGACAAGAGGCUUUAGCAGCUGCUCGUUUAAGAAUGCAAGAAGAACUGAAUGCACAAGUUGAAAAGCAUAAGGAAAAACUAAGACAGCUUGAAGAAGAGAAAAGGAGACAGAAGAUUGAAAUGUGGGACAACAUGCAGGAAGGCAAGAGUUACAAAAGAAAUGCGAGAAACCCUCAGGAGGAAGAGAGUCCUGGGCCUUCUACUUCAUCUGUCAUCCCAAAACGGAAAUCUGACAAAAAGCCUUUGCGGGGAGGUGGUUAUAAUCCUUUGACUGGAGAAGGAGGUGGAACCUGUUCCUGGAGACCUGGACGCAGAGGCCCAUCAUCUGGUGGAUGAAACUAAGAUUCUUGUUAGUGUCACUUUUGACAUUAGCAAGAUCAUCCCUUAGCCCUUGAUUCGAUUGCCUUACGCACACUUUUCACAGUGACUAGCCCAGGGGAGGUGUGGUUUAUUUCUUUUCUUAACUACACCUGCGUGUUUAAGGGUUUUAGUCAGCAUGGGAUAUAGACAUUGCCAGUAGGUAACGCUCCACUGAAAGUCAGUCAUUGCAGUUGUUGAUUUCAUGAUUCAUUACUAGCUGGUAGAUAGAAGGCCUCUAGCUAAAUAGCAAUCUUGGUAAAAGAGGCCCAGCAAUGAUCUUUUAUGUUGGAAGUCCUUCCUAAUUAAGGACAGUCUCUGUGACAGGUUGCGUUGAAUGAUGUCUUCCUUAUAAAUGGUGAGCCCACCAGUGAGGAUUACUGAUGCAGAUGGUUGAUGGGGUUUGUUUCUGUAUAUUUAUUUUUAUGUACAGAACUUUGUAAAAAAUGAAAUUGUAAAUAUUUAAAACAAAGAAUGACAUUUUUAGCAUAUUUAUUAAAUUUAAGGAAAUUUC